AUUAAAUACUUUUCUUCAAAUAAAAAUAUCAUACAGAUCCGAGUUACCCAUUGUAAGUUAUUUAAUUCGAAUUUGAACAUUGGUCUGGUUCUAUUCGCCGAUGUCAUACCGCAAACAUUUUUUGUUUGAGUAAAAGACACGAGUCCAUACAAGUUGUGUGCUCACGACUGUCCUCAUAUAUCGAUGACUUAAGUAACUAAACUGUGUUACUGAACAUGCGGGCUAUGCAAGUACCUAACACUGAUAUUUUUUGUGUCAUUGACAUUCUGCUUAAGUUAAAAAAGACGACUUCAGAUAACUGUUGCUUUUUUUAUUAUAUGCUGUAAAUUAUGGUGGUUCUGUACCUAUAUGGAUGAGUAUAUCUUUAUAUUUUUCUUUAAAAAAAUAUUUGUUAUAUCAGGAGUAAGUAAUCUGUGGUAAGGGUGUUAGCUAAAGUACCUACCUAUAAGAUGUGUUUUUUUAAACGAUGUUUAUGAAGUGUUAUACGAGCACGUGGUGAAUGAGCUCAUUCCACAUAGAUAAUGUCUAUCUUAUUUACUGGUUUUAAUUAACGUUCGAUUCUGGCGAUGGAUGAUGGAUGACUCGCGACAAUGCUCCUCGGGACGUGUGGGCGUCAGUUUGACAGUCAAAAUUUGCACUUUCCUUCGACUUUCUCUCGGAGGUGCGAAAGGUGUACAUUCGGGGCUCGCUAUGCUUUAUUCGGUAGCUGGCGCCGCAUAAGUGUACGCGCUCUAAUCGCAUCGGCGACGGCGGUCAAAGGCGGUCCGUUCUGUGGAGGUGCAACGCGUGCGUUUCCGAUAUUCAAAGCACCUGCAUGCCACUUCCGAGUUAGUGUUUAUAAGUUAGUGCGGAGCGUUCGGGGUCGUAGAGUUCGUUCGUGGUGUUUGGUAUCGUGCAAUGCUAUAGAGAUGUCGCGGGCCGAGACUGUGGCUGUGGCCUUGCUGCUCGCGCUGCGGGCGGGCGCGCCUGCGCGUUUUCCCGACCUUCUCUCCGUGCACGGGUGGUGGGGCGAGGAGCGGAGCAGGACAAGCGAGGACUCCGAUGUGCAGGUGGUGUACCUACCAGCGCUACUCCCACGGGAAGCGCAACUCUCCACAGACAAGAACAACGAUGAGAUCCCGCUACCGUACAGUUUUGAUGCCUUUGGAAGGAGUUUCAACCUUCAGCUCGUGCCGAACCGCCGACUGGUGUCUAGCAACUUCCGCGUGUGGUCGGACCAAGGACCGGAGCCUGUGACCAUUACUGACACCUCCUGUCACUUCCUCAACGCGGGCUCCGGAGCAGUGGCUGCACUUUCUGCAUGCAAAGACCAUGCCCUGCACGGGCUUAUAGUUGUCGACAAUUCAACGUACGAGGUUCGACCUUUAAGAGCGGGCUCUCGCCGUUCGAACAAGCGCGAAGGUCGUACUGCGCACGUGAUAAGACGCGCGCCGCCACCACCGCCGCCUUUGGACGACGAACUCCUUUUGAGACCUCGACCACGAGCCCGCACGCCUCGCAUGUCCCGUGCUCCCCCCCAUAACAAACUACCAUCCGGCUACACCAUCGAGAUAGCCCUGUUCUUAGACGAAGCUGGGUACAAGCUGUUCCAUCCUUUCCUCAACUACAAUGAAGCAAGCUUGAAAGAUAUGUUACUGGCCUAUAUAAACGGUGUACAAGCUUUGUACCAGCACCCGUCAUUGGGCACCCGCAUCCAGUUAUCUCUGGUGCGCCUCACGUUACUGCGAACUCAGCCGCAGUCGUUGCCAGCCCACGCUGAACGCGGUCGCCUGCUGGAUGCCUUCUGCGCGUACCAACGCUCGCUCAACAUAGAAGAUGAUGACGAUCCCCAACAUUGGGAUAUGGCUUUACUGCUCUCUGGGAUGGACUUCUACUCAGAGGAGGGUGGUCAACGUAACGGCGUAACGAUGGGUUUGGCGCCAGUCGGCGGGGUGUGCCUACCAGCACACGCGUGUGUAGUAUCCGAGUUCGGCACCUCCGACCUCAUGGGCCGCCCCUAUCCAUCUGCUGGCUUCACCUCCGUCUACAUCCUGGCACACGAGAUUGGGCACAACUUGGGAAUGCACCACGACGGAACGGGCAAUACUUGCGCCCGCGACGGCUUCAUCAUGUCGCCGUCAAGAGGCACCAAUGGUGAAGCUUCCUGGUCAUUCUGCAGCGCGAGGGUCGUCGCUGAUUUACAAUGGGCAACAUGUUUAUUGGAUGGAGGAGAUGAUCUAGACGUUUCAAAUGAACUUCGACACGAAAAGUUCGGGAGCGCACCGGGAGCUGUAUGGGGUGCCAAGAAACAAUGCGAGGUGCUGCUACGGGAUGUAGAUGCUGCGCCGUGGUCGGGAGCAGGGGCAGGUGCGGUAGGUCCGUGCGCUCAGUUAGCGUGCCGCUCGCCGCACCGCGUCGGCUUCUACUACGCCGGGCCCGCGCUGCCCGGCACGCCCUGCGGCGAUCACAUGUGGUGUCAAGGAGGGGAAUGCGUGCCAGCGAGUACUAGUCCCAAUAUCACGGAGGGACCAAUCAAUUCUAAUGAGGUCGUAGGUGGUGGUGAAGGAGCUGGGUCAGAAAGUGCUGGUGCAGACGGUUGGGGUCCAUGGCGCGAGUCUUCAUGCCAGUCGGGGUGCACGAUGCGCGCGCGCGGCUUUCGCGAGCGUCGCCGCACCUGCGCCGGCGCAGCAACUUGCACCGGUGCUUCUUACGACGUCAUGCUUUGCGACGACUCAAAGGUGUGCGGUAAAAAGAGUCGCGUGAGUGCCAACGAGCUAGCGGCGCGCAAGUGCGGCGAGUACGCGCGCCUUUUGCCAGAGCUAGACGCACGAGGAGGCGGCCUGCAGGUGCCACACGACCCCACCCGUAUGUGGAUGGGUUGCGCGGUGUUUUGUCGGCGCGCAGCUGGGGGCGGUUUCUACGCGCCGCGCGUGGAGCUCAACGGUGCCGGCCUCGACCCCUACUUUCCGGACGGCACAUGGUGCCAUCACGACGGCGAGCAACACUACUACUGCAUGCAGCAUCACUGCUUGCCCGAGAACUUCAAGAUGACAGCGGAGUGGAACGUGUGGCAGUUGCCGAGCGAAGACAUCGACGGCCCCUUCAAUGCCAAAGCGCAGAACACCGCAGAGGACGACGCAGCUAAUGACGCCAUUCAGAACUACCAUUCGCUUAACAACGAAGGGAUACCAAUAUUCCGCUCUGCGUUUCCUCCGCUUGUGCCCGAAGAGCCUGAAAGCAAUUGGGAGGUCAUGGAUUACGUGGACCUACCUCGUGUCAUUGAAGAUCGACAGCCGCACUGAUCUACGCUUCUUUAUUCAAACAAUAAAGGAUGGGUAAUUAGGAUAUAAAAAAUACAUAAAACCUUUUCUUGCCAAAUGCUUACUACUAUGAUUAUUAUGUUGUCCUAGUGAUAUAUUUAUUUUAAGAUAUUUAUUCUAUUUUCAAGUGAAAAUACUUAAUUAUAUUUAUUACCUAUGUUAAAAAACCGGAUACGGAAAUUUUACACUGAAACGAAGUAGGACAUAGCAGAUCUAACAUAAAACUGCAGCAAUUUGGUUACCAUCCUUAUAAAAUAAAAGAGAACCGUCAGUAGUUCAGCUAGGACCACUUUUUAAGGUUUCAUACCCAAAACGUUGACAGCUGAAUUUUACCUAAUUUCCGAUGUGUUCUUUCCUCCGUUCAUAUAUCAACAAUUAAAUAUUAUGAACCACAAUCGGUAUACAGGUUAAUUUUCAUAAUAACAAACAUAAAUAAAAUAAAGUUGAAAAUCAAAGUUUUGUUGGACAUGUAGGGAGGAUUGCUCUGCGCAGCCGCUCAUGUGCGAUUUGCACUUGUACUACCGUUACCGUUUUUCCUCAUUUAUUUGUUCACAAAUAAAAAUAAAAGAUCUAAAUCUUCAUGCUAUUGCCAAUCGAACCAUACUAAAGUAAAUUAAGAAUUAACAAAGUAGUCUGCAUACAGAACACUGUUUGACUUUAGUUUAUGAUGAAAAUGUGUUUAAUUUCUUAAAAAAAUAGUCUGCAGGCAAAAAGAUUGCUUUUAUUUUCACAGUUUUAAACGAAAAAAAAAACGGAGGAGGUUCUCAUGUCAACGCGUAUAUUUUUUUUAUGUAUGACAACGCAUAACUUUGCACAGAGUCGUGCGAUUUUGAUAAUUCUGUUUUCAUUGGAAAUUGUAUACCACGAAAUUGGUCCCAUAUGAAUUUGUAAAAAAACCAAUCCUAAGGGUAUGAAAACAGGGGAUGACGAUUCACUCACUGGUUGUAAUGUAAUCACGCAUAACUUUUUACAGAGUAGUCUGAUUUUAAUUUAUUUUUUUGGAAAGGAGAUACAUCAAUGUUGGUCUCAUAUAUACAUUUGGAAAAAAAACUACCUCUAAGGGUGGGAAAAUAGGGGUGCUUGUUCACUCACAGAUUUUGAUGCCGAGUUUUAUAUUAAAGCUACAAAAAAUUGUAAGAUAAAAACUUUUUAACAAAAAAAUUAAACCGCCGAAAAGAAAAUGGAAUAAACUUUUUUUAUCUUUAGUCAAAUUAAUAUUUGAAGUAGGUGCCAUGCAGGUCUGAUAAAUCAUUUACUAGUUGGGUUGGCCUGGCACUGGUACCGACUCCAGUUAUUAACUUGACUUAAGAUAAAAAUGGUUUAAUAUUUUUAACUUGGCGUUGGUUUAAUUAUUUUUGUUGAAAAAAAAAAUUUUUAACAUAUCCUUCUAUUUUUAAGUAAGUACCUACAAGAUAGACUAUAAUACCUACUAAGAAAAAGAGAACUGAGAGAGUAUUUUAGUUAGUCUGUAAGUAAAAAUAGGGAAGAUGCAUAUAUAAUAUUUAUGAAAAUUUUAUGAUUAAAAUGUUAAAAAAAUAUAAAAGAAAUGCCACUGCAACGUUUUUAUUUUACAUAAUGUUGUUUUUUAAGAAUUAUUCCGAAUUAAAAAUAGUGACGUCACUCCUGUUAUGACAACUUCUUUGAGGUUAUGGUUGUUAAAGUAAAUAUUAUUUUAUAGGAAUAUUAAUUGCGUUUUUUUACAUUUAAUAAAAAUGGAAGUUGCGUUUAUCAAAGCAGACUCCAGGAAUUUACCAAGAGUUAGUGUUGACAUGGUUAUAACUUUUUUUGUACAAAGUGCAGAGUUUUUAAGUGCAGAAAUGAAAGGGACUAAAUUACUACGGUAUGUAAAACUCGUAGUUGUUAAACUUCGUAUUUUAUUCAGCGGCUUCUACAAAUCUUACGGCGAUAAUGCAAUCGGCUAUAUCCAAAUAAAAAGAGAUGGAGAAUUAUGUACAGUAAAAGGUCGAGUUCUCCGGAGCAUAAAGUACGUAAAGAAGGUUAUCGUGUUCAAAGACUUUAUAUAAAGUAUUUGAUCGUGUUACAGUUAUUUUAAAUGAAACGCAAAGCUUGGUUCAGUCCUGCCAAUGUGAAGAUUGUGCCACACAUUUUAAACUUUAUCUAAUUUUCGACGUCAUUCUCCAACUGUAAAAUUAAAAAUAUGUUAUAGACAGGUUUUGUAAGUAGUAGGUAGGUUACUAAUGCGUUUUUACGUACAAGCAGAUUAAUAAAGCAUAUAACAAGUAUAUUCGCCGACUUGCGUCAAAGUGAUCUUCACAGCAUCGAAUAAUGGUCUUUGGAGAAUAAUUGUCAUUUCUCUUUGCAGCUUGAAACCACUUUUUUUUUCAAUUUUGGGUCAGAAGUUCCAGUCAAAAACCAUUUAUUUGGAAACUUUGUUGAAGUAGAUUGGCACAAAACAUGAGUCAACACGGCUUUUUUUCGGAAUAUUAGUGGUAUUGUUAUGAUCACAUGAUGUUGAUGGAUAGUCCAUUUUAAAUUUUUCAAAAAAAUAUUUCGAAAGUCGAAAAAAUAUGCAAAAGUAUGAAAAGCCAGCGACGAACAAGUACGACCAGUGACAGACAGGAGUGACGUCAUCGCAACCAUAGGUUCGUUUUUUCCGAUAAAUCACAAUGUUUUAAUUUUUUAAUAUAUCUAUGGUUUAUUCUACAUGGAAUUCUUUAAAAUGAAAACAAAAAUAAAAAUAUUGCAUCUUCCCUAUUAUUGUUCAACACAUGCCUUUAUGGAGGUUGUAUACAUUAUUCGAAAGUUCAAAAUUACGAGGCAUACAACGGAGCGUGCGGUAAAACGUUUUACUUCACGCUCCCAUACAUGUUGCAGUGCGUAUCCUUUACGGUUUCUUUUAUUUCGAUCGAAGCACCUUGGAAGCGCUCUUAAUCUAUUCCUUUCUCUGUCUCACUUUAAGACUAAAAAGAAAGAGACGAAAGAUGUAGGGCUAAUUUUAAAGUUUUUUGCAUUACUUAAAUUAGGUACCUAUACUGUUUUCUCGCAAAUGUGUUGAAAAACGUUGUAUGACAUUCGUGCGGAACUGGUAUUUACAAACUCGUGACUAUGGUAAGCCCUCUAUCUACUUGUCUCGGCUCGGGCUUAUAUUCGUUUACUCGUCCGUAAUAACUAACUUACCGCACUUAUAUCAUAAAUAACUAUUAAAGAUGACAAAAAUGAUGGCAUUUAUUAGAAAUUAAGAUAUACUUAUUACAAUAUUAAGUUUUAACAAAGACAAUUCUGAACAGUAUUUUAUUCAUAAGUUUAUUCUACGAUUAUUUAGUAUACUAGAGUAAGUACCAAAUACGAUAUUAAAAGUUUAGAAUUAUAUUUCGGCUGUAGCUAAAUAUACAUCACUUACCUUACUUUUACCUAUUUAGCUAAUUGUUUUGAUUUUUUGAUGAUAUCACCAUCACUAAAUUAAAUGGAAGUUGUGCUAGUCUCAUUAAUUAAAAUGUAAACAGUAGUGUAAGUACUAUUACAUAUUUUUAUUAUUAUUAGGUACGCAGUUGUAAAUGCAUUUAAGUAUAAAAUUUAUGUAAAGGUUUUAUACAUCCGUGUCGAAUGAAUAAUAAAUUUCCGUU